AUGAAUCUUAAUGAGAAGAGUUUAAGUUUUGAGUCCUCAAGCUUCCUUGCAUGGCUUAGGGCAUCUUCUACUUCUCCUUCUGUAUUAUUCCGUAUGAAGACACAAGAUGUUGUAUCAAGAUCAGAUCACCAAAGUCAAAUGAACAUUUUGGAACGAUCUUUAUUCUUAUACCAACCACAAGAACCACUCAACACAAACACUACGUCUAUUCAAUGCUUGCCUCUUCUAAACAAGCUCAUGGAAGAUGAAAGUCAAGCUUCUGAUGAUAUCAAAGAAGAGAUGGAUGAUGACGUGGUUACCCUCCAAAUCGGAUUGCCUACCUAUCACCGUGGUAGCUCGGUGGAGGAUGACUCUGACACAACUUCCAAUCAUCAUCAGGAAAAAUCCAUCAAGAGAGAGGUAACAGAAGAUGGUGUGGUGAAGAUGAAGAAGAGGAGAAUGAUGAAGUUUGAGCAGGAAAUUAUUGACUCUGAUAUGGAAGUAUGUGGGAGAAGGUUUUGGAUACCAAGUCCGGCUCAGAUUCAUGUCGGUCCAAUGCAAUUUGCUUGCUCUAUUUGCAGCAAAACGUUCAAUAGGUACAAUAACAUGCAGAUGCAUAUGUGGGGACAUGGAUCAGAGUUCAGAAAAGGAGCUGACUCUUUGAAGGGCACAACUCAACCUGCGGCUAUCCUGAGGCUUCCAUGUUAUUGCUGCGCGGAAGGAUGCAAGAACAACAUCAACCAUCCGCGUGCCAAGCCCUUGAAGGACUUCCGUACACUUCAGACACAUUACAAACGUAAGCAUGGCUCCAAGCCAUUCUCUUGUGGAAAAUGUGGCAAAGCGUUGGCUGUUAAAGGUGAUUGGAGGACCCAUGAGAAGAAUUGUGGUAAGCUUUGGUAUUGUACAUGUGGGUCAGAUUUUAAGCACAAGAGGUCUCUUAAGGACCACAUCAAGUCCUUUGGCAAUGGACAUUCUCCUCAUCCGUCUCUUUCUUUUGAUGGGUUUGAGGAGGAUACAGAAUGUGUCACCACAGAGUGACGGUCCACUGGGGGAAUCAUGGAUCUAUCGGUAAGAUCUGAAAUUUUUAAUGUUGCUUCAAAACUAGCACCACAAAACAUCUCAAGUCUACCAAAGAAUUUCUAUCUUGUAAAAGGAAAAAAUUCUUUGUUAGACUUAGACUAAUAUAUAAAAAUUGUAGCAAUCUACCAUAGAAAAUGAAGCAACAUUUUAAAAUUUAGAUAUUUUCUUAUACAUGAUAUAUCCAUGAGACUACCUAGAAUUGAACCCGGUGUCUAUCUUUAAGAUUUGAGUAUUUGGUGUGUUCAGCUAGUACUAUCAUAUCAUCAGUGUUUUCUUAUUUAAUAAGGGUGAUUAUCUCUUGGAAUUUUGUGAAGCACGUGAAUUUUCUGUUUCUCUCAAUGUAUUUGUUUGUAUUAGAAGAGAAAAUUGGUGUGCUUCACUUCAUUAUUGUAUGAUAAUCCUCAAUAAACUCUUCCUAUCUUUCACUACAUAUCCCAUGCUUUCAUUUUUUUUUUU